GGGAGAGAAAGAUGGCGGCCGUGGCCGACGUUCCGGCCUUUGCCGUCGUCUGCUCGUUCUUGCGCCGCUACUCGGCGGCUCUCGACCUCCCCGCGCUCUCCUUCCCGCAGCUCGAGGAGGCGCUGCUCGAGCGCGGCGCCGUCCCCCAGGUGCUGGUGGAGCUGCAUGUGAAGCUGCUGCGGAAGUUGGGUCGCACCGUGAGCUACGAACGAUGGGAGAAGCACCUCGUCCGCAUUUGCCAAGAUCACAACUUGACGUGGGCCUGGGAGCUGGAGACUCUGGGCUACCCCAAGCUCAAUCCCAGCUACAAGCUCGUCAUCCUCAAGCACCUGUGCGAGAGCCAGUUUGACGACAACGUCAAGUUCAAGAACGUGGUGAACGAGGAGGAUGAGGACGCGAUGAGGCUGCAGCCCAUCGGGCGCGACCGCGACGGCCUCGCCUACUGGCUGCAGCUCGACGACGACUUCAACGUGCGCCUCUACACGGAGGAGCAGGAUGACGAGGCCUCCUGGAGACUCGUCUCCCGGGACCGCGGUCAACUGGCCGAGGUGGUGCAGCUGCUCAAGGCUCAGGUGGAGGUGGACGACAGAGGCUGCGGCGAAUCUGGUGACAGCCCCCUCGCCGCGCCCGGCCAGGAGGCCUCGGCAUCCUUGUCCGGCUCGGCCGGAUCCGGAUCGCCGUGCGCCGAGGAUCCGGCGAGCGCGGAGAUCGCCGACUCGGAGCGGCGGCAGCAAUCGCAGACGGACGCAGAGACGCCCGUCACAGAUGCGUGUGGACCGAAAGCCGAGGUUGAUGGUUCGCACGAGCAACCCUGCUCCCCAGACGACGAUCGUCGGGUGAAGGAGCAGCAGCAGCAGCAGGAGGAUCAGCAGCAACAGAGGCAAGAGAAGCAAGAGAAUCGACAGCAGCAGCGAGAGAAGCAAGAGAAUCAGCAGCAAGAACAGAAGCAAGAGAAUCAGCAGCAGCACGAUUCGUCUCAAGAGCAGAGGCAAGGGGCCAUCGAGAGGCUUUGCGGAGUCCAGGGGGCCGCUGGCCGGGGGGUUGGAGGUGGCGAGGUGGUGAAGGCCGAGCCAGGGGACGAGCGGCACUGUGGAGAGUCCCCGCAGGAGUCAGCCGCUCUCUCCGGGAAGGCAGAAGAGGGCGCGGCGGCGGCGGCGACGAAGAAGGAAUCAGGUGACGACCGAGCGCAUCUCCCCGACCUCGUCAAGCGAGCAAGACCGCUCCGGUCGCCGUCAAACUCGAAGCUGCCGUCGCCGAAAAUGACGAACACAACGAGAAAUUCCACGCCGACGUCACUGGCGCGACGAGGCCGGAGAACGACGACAGCGGCGUCGGUGUCAAAAGCGAGCGGCAGCAGCGCGAGGAGAAGCAGGCGAAGUUGCCAAUGAA